AUGUCUAACAUUAUCGGUAUUAUGAGCUUAAUCAAAAUCGUUCCCUUAAAUUAUUCGCAAUAUCCCUUUUACCAGGGGAGCCGGUUCAGCCAGGGAAGAAAAAUCUCUACCACCAGACUUUGCCCGAUGCAUUUCAACAAAAAUCGCGAGUUCGAUCACAAUCCGAUGGGUAACCGUGAAUCGAGUAUAACAUAA